CAGUUGCCACGCUCCACACCUUAACGCUUCUUCUUCCUCCUUCCAAUUUCUUCAUUCUACUCUCUCACUCCACACACUGUGAGCUUCAAUGGCGGCCGCCAUUCUCUCCUGCAGCAACUUCCCCCAAAUCAAACUCCAUUUCCCAUCCCCCUCUCACUCCAUCCCUCGCGCUUCUCGAUUGCGCGGGAAACGCCAAUUCUCGUCUUUGCCGCGCAUGACGAUCAACGGCAUCUCCAGUUCCCAAUACGGUAGGGUUUCGGAAGGAUCAGGAAGCUUCAGGUACGGAGGCGGUAAGAUUUACCGGCGGCUCGGCUCUUGUCUCGUGAUACCUCCGCCGGCAGGCAGAAAGCCGAAGGCUUUGAUCAAAUUUUUGGGCGGCGCUUUCAUCGGCGCCGUGCCCGAAGUUACGUACAGUUAUCUGAUGGAGCUAUUGGCGGAGGAAGGCUAUUUGAUUAUAUCUGUUCCGUACAAUGUCACCUUUGAUCAUGAACAAGUUACAAGAGAAAUCUACGAGCGUUUCCAUGCUUGUUUGAAUUCGAUUUUGAGCACUGGAUUGCCUGAUAAUGGAAUUUCAGCUGCUGAUAUAGCUGAUCUUCCCUAUUAUUCAGUUGGACAUAGCAAUGGCGCACUUCUGCAAGUGCUCUCGGGUAGUUAUUUCUGUGAGAAGAUCCCUAAGGCCAAUGCAAUCAUAUCGUAUAACAACAAAUCAGCAUCAGAAGCAGUUCCUUAUUUUGAGCAGUUGGGUCCUGUUGUCAAGCAAGUUAUGCCGGCGAUUGAAACAUCCCCUGUGUAUUCAGUGGCUCAAAGUGUCACAGAUGGAUGGAAAACGCUAAUAGACGUUGCUGAAAGAGUACUGCCUGGCUAUGAUCCUGAAGCUACCGUGUCACUGACCAAGUUUGUCGAUCAGUUGCCCUCAGUAUUUAAUCAGGUUGCUCAAGGGACUUCUGAGUUCAAGCCAUCCCCUGCUGAGAAUCUCGACUGCUUCAACAAGCUAUAUAAUAUUCAACACACGCUACUGGUUAAGUUUGAGACAGACCCGAUUGAUGAGACUGAUCUCCUAGAAGAGACCCUAAAACCCCGCGUUGAGUCUUUCGGUGGUAAAGUAGAGAAAGUCGUUCUACGUGGCAACCAUAUGACUCCAUGCAUACAGGAUCCAAGGUGGGAAGUAGGCACAGUGUACACACCAGCUGACGCGAUUGCUCAAGGCCUUAAAGCCAUAUCCCUUAACGAGAUCAGAGCCCUGUCUAGAACAAUCAAUAACUUCUUCUGCACCCUUCAAUAAAUUUUAUCACUGUGAUUAUAGGAUUCAAUUAUUCUGUACUGAUAUCAUAUUCUUAUGAUGGUAGAGAGCUGCUUCGGUUAGUUAA